UUGUAAAUGUCUAAAUUGAAAAGCCAAGUAAAAGUGAUCAUUUAUUAAAAGACUGUUUCUUAUUAAGCUUUGUGCAAUGAUGCCUCAAUUUAAUUAGAGAACCAUCCAUAGACAAAGCAAGAGAACUAAUAUAAUUUGAGUAGCACAGAUUACAAAAGGUAGAAAUCUUUUAAGGGAGAUCGGUUUGUUACACAAUUAAAGAAGAAUUUCUCUAUCUUACCUGAAAACAAAUUGGAGAGUCAAGACAUUGCAUCAGCUUAAAUGGCAUUAGAAAUGCUCUAUAAAUAGUAAAUACUUGAAUAGGAACCAAUAUUUGAGUCAGACUAAAUGUAGUUCAUCAAUCAAAGUGGAUUUUAAUACAAUCAGCAAAAUAAUUUCAACAUUCAUAAUUCCAAAAUUUACAAUAGGUAGAUGAUAUUAUUAAUAUAAUUAUUAGUAUUCUUAUAGAUCAUAAAUAUUUUACUAUAUCAGAAACACUUUCCAAUUAUUAUGGUAAGUAUGUUAGGAAAAUACAGAAAGUUCCAUUUAAAGUUCUUGAUGCACCAUAACUUUAAGAUGAUUUUUAUUUAAAUCUAAUAGAUUGGAGUAGUUAGAAUACAUUAUCUGUGGCAUUAAAUUCUUGUGUAUAUUUAUGGUAUCAAUUUUAUUAAAUUCAGGAAUGCAUAAUCUUCAAAAGUUACUAAAUUAUUAGAUCUUCAUAAUGAUUCAGUUACAAGUGUGGCAUGGUCACUUAGAGGACCUCACUUAGCUGUUGGAACUAAAAUAGGAGAAGUGUAGAUUUGGGAUGCCAUUAAAUUAUAAAGAGUUCGUACUUAUAAGGGUCAUAUUGCAAGAGUAGGAACAUUGUGCUUUUCAGAUAAUGUAUUAAGUAGUGGUUCAAGAGAUAAAUUAAUAUUAUAAAGAGAUUUAAGAUUGAAGGGUAAUUAUUUUCUUAAAUAAUCUGCUCAUAAAUAAGAGGUUUGUGGUUUAAAAUGGUCACCUGAUGGAUAGAUGUUAGCAUCAGGAGGUAAUGAUAAUAAACUUUAUCUUUGGUCUUCACAUAAAUAGGAUAAACCAAUAUUUAGAUUGUCUGAACAUUAGGCUGCAGUUAAAGCUAUUGCAUGGAGUCCACAUCAACAUGGUUUAUUGGCUAGUGGAGGAGGUACUGCAGAUAAGACAAUUAGAUUUUGGAAUGCUCUUGAAGGAAAACCAUUAUAAAAAGAAGAUACUGGUAGUCAGGUAUGCAAUCUCAUGUUUAGUAAAAUUGAAAAUGAACUUAUUUCUACUCAUGGAUAUAGUCAAAAUUAAAUAAUACUUUGGAAAUGUAAUAAUAUGAAGAGAAUAUCCACAUUGGUUGGACAUACAUGCAGGUAUUAUAAAUAUUAAUAAAUAGAGUACUUUAUUUAGCUAUGUCUCCUGAUGGAUCAACUAUAGUUACUGGAGCAGGAGAUGAAACUUUACGUUUUUGGAAUCUAUAUCCAUAAAUUAAUUAGGAUUUCAAAUAACUUAAUGGCCCUUUGCAUAUUCCGACUAUUCGAUGAUU